AUUGGACUAUGAACAUCGGCCAUGAAGGCCCAUGGAUGUUGCUCAAUGUUACUGUAGCAGUUUACUAUUAUGAUGUAUACAAGCUGGUGUAACUAUUCUCACUAAUACUGCUUGCGAGUGAAAGUAUCGUUCUGUACUCCUCAUUAAAGUUUGGCAAAAAAGUAGGGGAAAUAAAGGAGAAGUGUGAGAAAUGCGAGUGGAUCCCGCUGAUUUGAAAAAAGCGGAGCUCUGCUGUAAGAGGAUUUUUUUGAAAAUAUUUCUCAGUUGAGAUGUCUCAUUCAAUUAUAAGUGAUCAUGAACGACAAGAAGAAGAAAUGACUGCUCUUUCUAGUAUUUACCAUGAAACUGAGUUUUUUUGCUCAAGAGGCGAACAGAUAAAAUGCACAUUUAAUGUAUUUUAUAGCUUUCCUAAGAAACUGGAAGUAAAAGUCAAUAACUGCUGUUCCACUGAUGUUUCCUGUGAUAAAAUAUUUAUUGAGCAUCUGCCACCAAUCAGGCUCUACGUUUGUCUUCCAGACACAUAUCCAUCUAAAAAGCCACCAAAUUUUCGCAUUAGUAUUGUCUGGUUGCCUCCUUGGGAGAUAUCUUUUGUCUGUCAAAAACUUGAUGAAAUAUGGCAAGAUAAUCAGGGCAGUGAAAUUCUUUUCUUAUGGGCAGAGUUUCUACGAAAUGAUUUUCUUGAGUUUCUUGGCAUACAAGAAUUCUUAGAUGUUUCCUUCAUGUAUAUACUUUACAAAUCACCAAACGACACUGUCACAUCGAGCUUAACUCGUCUCUCCGAUUUUAGAGCUAUAAACGGAGCUCUAUUCAUAAAUCCUGAAACAUUGUUAAUGAGUUAUAAUCAGGAACAACAUAAAGUGCACUUCAAUAAGACGUGUUAUACUUGCUACAUAUGUUACGACGAAUAUAAGGGAGAAAAGUGUGUGGAACUAAAAAAUUGCGGACAUAUUUAUUGCAAAAAUUGUAUGCAACAACACAUAUGUAGUAAAAUUGAGUGUAACGUUACGAAUAUAAUGUGCCCGACAAUAGGUUGCGAUAACAAAAUAAAUACCGAUGACAUUAAGAAUCUCUGUCCCAACAUGUUUCAACGAUAUGAAGAACUUCUGUUGCGAAUAGCAUUGGAUACUAUGGAUGAUAUAAUAUAUUGUCCAAAAAUUUCAUGUCAAUAUCCAAUUAUUAGAACUCCAGGUGAUCCCGCACCGAUAUGUCCUAAUUGCAAAUAUUGCUUUUGCAUAUAUUGCUGUAAGAUAUAUCAUGGUACUGAGCCUUGCGAAUUGGGAUCAGAAGAUGUUAAAAAGCUUAUUAACGAAUACAAAAAUAGUGAUGAUAAUGAGAGAAUACAGUUAGAGCGAAAAUAUGGCAAACGUCAAAUACAAAUGGUUCAAAAACAUCUUACAACUGAAUAUCUUCAAGAAAAUACAAAGAGUUGCCCAAAAUGUCACUCUUCUAUUAGCAAAAUCGAUGGUUGCAACAAAAUGACAUGUGGACAUUGCUAUUCUUACUUCUGCUGGUUAUGUGGCAAAUCUAUUGAUCUAAAAAAUCCAUAUCAACAUUUUACGAAUAUUAAAAGUCCAUGUUACGGACUCUUACUUGAUGGUGUAGAACAGGAUGUUGACAACCUAUAUGACAUAGAAGAGGAAAUAAUUUUUUGAGCUAUAUAUUGAAUUUUGUACAUUUUAUGAAUGACAUUUUUAUUUUGUCACAAGAACUUUGAGGUAAUUACAUUUUUUAAUAAAAUUAUUGCUGAUUUUUAUUAUGAAUCAUAACAUUGUAAGAAAGAUUGCUGGAAAUUAAACACUUUCCAUCAAUUUGUGUUACUAUAUUUUUCACAUAAUUUGAUUGAGUCUGAUCAUGUUUGCAAUAUUUUUUUAAAUAAGCAUAUAUUGAAUUUGUUGUGUAAUGAAUUUAUUGUAUAUAUAACGAAUAUUUAAAAAUAUAUUUUUUAUCUCUGA